AUGAUUGGUGAGGUGAUUGUUGUGGUGAGUUAUAAGGAGAGUUGUAUGGAGAGUAUUGUGAGGAUUGGCUGGAUGAUUGAUAGUCUUGAAGGAGUUGAAGUGGUUGGAAGUUUUGAGGAGGGGAUUGUUCUUGAUGUUGUUCUUCUUGAAGUUCAGGUUGAGCUGGUUGUUGUUGAUCAGGAGAGUUGUAUGGAGAGUAUUGUGAGGAUUGGCUGGAUGAUUGAUAGUCUUGAAGGAGUUGAAGUGGUUGGAAGUUUUGAGGAGGGGAUUGUUCUUGAUGUUGUUCUUCUUGAAGUUCAGGUUGAGCUGGUUGUUGUUGAUCAGCAGCUGCCACAACCUCCUGAAAUGUAUCUGAAUCAUGGGACAAACAACUUGAUUUUGGAGGAAACUAAUUACAAUAUUACUGAGAUGGAAGUAGAGAAUAAGAAGUUGCUGUCGACCAUGAACGCAGAGCAGAAGACAGUGUACAAUGCCAUUCUAGAAUCUAUAGACAAGAAUGAAGGCGGAAUUUUUUUUGUUUAUGGUAGCGGUGGCUGUGGCAAGACUUUUCUAUGGAGAACUUUAAUAUCAAAGCUACGAUCUCAAGGUGAUAUAGUUUUACCAGUUGCGUCCUCGGGGAUCGCUGCAACCCUUAUGCCCGGAGGAAGGACAGCCCAUUCCCGCUUUAAGAUACCUAUAGUUCUUGAUGAGUUUUCACUUUGUGCUAUAGGCAAUAAUUCUGAUAUUGCUGAACUUAUCAGACAUACAAAGUUGAUAAUCUGGGAUGAAGCGCCAAUGCAACACAGAUUUGCAUUUGAAUGUCUAGACCGCUCUCUUAGAGACAUUAUGAAGACUGUUGAUCAGGCACGUGCUUCUUUACCAUUUGGAGGUAUUACUGUACUGCUUGGAGGAGAUUUUAGACAAAUCCUUCCUGUAAUACCUCACGGAGAAAGGGGAGAAAUUCUUGAAGCAUGUAUAACACGUUCCCGUUUGUGGAAUAUUUGUAAAGUUUAUGUUUUGGAGAAGAACAUGAGGCUUAACAAAGGUUCAUCUCAGCGUGAAAUUGACGAGUUGAAUGAAUUUGCCAAAUGGGUGCUUGCUGUUGGAGAUGGAACUUUGCAUCCUACUCAAGAUGGCGGUAAUUAUCUUGAGGAUGACAUAGUAGUUCCAGCACAGUUUUGUGACUUGGAUAAUGAAAAUUCUGUUGAGAACAUGAUUUGCAGUAUAUAUCCAGAUUUUAUCCAGAAUGCAAGAAAUCCCAAAUAUUUGAGUGAGAGGGCUAUUCUGACUCCUACUAAUCAAACUGUGGGUCAUCUCAACUCUCUGAUUGUAGAAAUGAUUUCUGGUGAUGCAGUGAAUUAUUAUAGUGUUGAUAGUGCUGAGGAUUUUGGAGGUACAGAUGCUGAUCUACAGUCUGCUUUUCCUAUCGAGUAUCUUAAUUCUCUACAAGUACCAGGUAUGCCUAGCCAUGAUUUGAAGCUUAAAGUUGGUACAGUUGUAAUGUUGAUGAGGAAUUUGAAUCAAACACUUGGACUAUGCAACGGCACUAGAAUGAUUGUUACGAAGUGUUUGAAAUUCUGCGUUGAGUGUGAGGUCAUUUGUGGUUCUUUUGCUGGCACUAGACAUUUCAUUCCACGCAUGGAAUUAUCUCCAAGUGACUCAGAUCUGCCUUUUAAGUUAGUUAGAAAACAAAUGCCACUUCAGAUUUGCUACGCCAUGACCAUAAAUAAGUCUCAGGGUCAGUCUCUAGAAAAGGUUGGUUUGUUUCUUCCGAAAGCUGUUUUUACACACGGCCAGUUCUAUGUUGCAGUAAGCAGGGUUACAUCUCCAAGUGGUUUGAAGGUAUUCAUUGAUGAUGAUCGUGGUCUACCAACAAACCUCACACAAAAUGUUGUCUACAAAGAGGUGUUCUAUGCUUUGCCUAGGUAG